AUGGCUCGCGAGUUCACCCCGGACAGCGAGUUUGCUGCUCUGGAAACACCGCGCGUUCCCAAUAAGCUUCAAUCUCUCACUGCUCUGGGGCGCUUCGAGUUCGAGGCGGGCAAGGGCAAUGAGGGCACCAAGAUCCUGAUGGUGGAAUGGGAGGACGACGACCUCACCAGAUCCACCACCGGCUCAUGGCACGUCUCAUGGGAUGGGAAGCGCACCGUCCUGCCCGCCCACGACCAGGCAACCGACCAGGUCCGACGGUGCUACUUUAUGCUGCCACCGCAUGCCACGGUCCCGCCGACCAUCACACUCACCUACGAACCCCCGCCUAGCUCGGCGUCGACGGUGAAGCGAGGCGAGUCCAUCCAGAUCAAUCCCUUGCCCGCGAUCUACCCUCCAGAGCUGGGAGCCACUGCGCGGACGGCGGGGAAGAAGGGAGUGCUGCAUACGAUAUGGGCGAAGAAGAGGCUGCAGGUGCUGGAUAAGGAGAUCAAAGAGGAGUCGCAGUAUAACGCCGAGGGUAUCGCAUUGCAUAUGGCUAUUGAGGAGAAGGAAUGGAUAGAGGCCAACUUUGGAGUCGUCGUGAAGCGCCUUGCUCCGUUGGUGACGACAAAUGUUUUAUCUAAUUUGAAUGCGCCGCCGCUCAGUCCCGCUACUCCCGUAUCACCAACAGGCGGGAGCCGACUGAGUGAGAAGCUACGGGGGCUGCGGUUGGGGACGAGUGAGAAGGACCUAACCCGGAAGCCCAUGGGGAAUCCAACUUCCGAUCCACAUCUUCAUCCACUAUCUCCCGAUGAGCCAGACAUGGCGAUAUCUUCGUUCAGCUCAUUCCACACUGGUAACACCCCGAUCAACGCGCCCACUCCGCGAUCACAGACACAACUGAAGCCCCAACUGUCGACGCCACCAACGCAAGCCCAGGCCGAUCCACCAAUAAUCAGACAGCCAAUAGCUCAUGCUCCGCCAGACUUUAUCCGCCAGCAGCAACAGCAGGACUCCGGGUUCGCCUCGUUGAAUAUGCAACCCAUUGGGAACAACGGCAGCAUGAAUAACGACGUUAAUAAUCAUGUGAACCCAUCGGACGUACAGGAUGGGUUAUUUGCAAAGGCUCUUAGUCCCCGGUCCCCAGAUAUUCCCAAAAGCCCAUUCUCGUUCUCCACGGAAGAAACAUUGCCCUAUGCCGCCAGGCAGCUGAAUGCUUGA